GCCCCUCCGGUGCAGAGUCCAGGGUCAGUCAGCGCCGACUCUCUUCCCGACCGGACGCUCGCGCACCAUGCUCCGGACGCUGGUUUCCCGGACCGUCCUCCGCCUCGGCGGGCCGUCGGUCCGCCUCUUCUCCGCUGCCGCCAUCCCGGUGCCCAACACGCAGCCGGAGGUCCAGUUCCACAAGCUGUUCAUCAACAACCAGUUUCAAGAUGCGGUGAGUGGAAGAACGUUUCCCACCAUCAACCCGGCCACCGGGGAGAUCAUCUGUCAAGUCUCAGAGGCCGACCAGGUGGAUGUGGACAAGGCGGUGAAAGCAGCUCGGGACGCCUUCAGGUUGGGGUCGCCGUGGCGUCGAAUGGACGCCUCCCAUCGUGGACUCCUCCUCAACCGCCUGGCCGACGCCAUCGAGAGGGACGCUGCCUACCUGGCUGAGCUGGAGACUCUGGACAACGGGAAGCCCUACGCUGUGUCCUACAGCGUGGACGUGCCCAAUGUGGUGAAAUGUCUCAGGUACUACGGAGGCUGGGCCGACAAAUGGGAGGGCAAGACCAUUCCCAUAGACGGAGAUUUUUUCUGCUACACCAGACAUGAGCCCAUUGGAGUCUGUGGACAAAUCAUCCCGUGGAACUUCCCCCUGCUGAUGCUGGCCUGGAAGCUGGGCCCGGCGCUGGCCACCGGGAACACCGUGGUGGUGAAGGUGGCCGAGCAGACGCCGCUCACCGCGCUCUACAUAGCCAGCCUGAUCAGAGAGGUGGGUUUUCCUGAAGGUGUGGUGAACAUCCUGCCUGGCAUGGGACCCUCAGCUGGGGCUGCCAUUGCAAAGCAUAUGGACGUGGACAAGGUGGCGUUCACUGGAUCCACAGAGGUGGGCCAUCUCAUCCAGCAGGCUUCAGGCAGCAGCAACCUGAAGAAGGUCACCCUGGAACUGGGAGGAAAGAGUCCCAACAUCAUUCUCUCCGACGCUAACUUGGAGGACGCCGUGGAGCAGUCCCACUUCGCCCUGUUCUUCAACCAGGGCCAGUGCUGCUGCGCCGGCUCUCGGACCUUCGUCCAGGCGAAGAUCUACGACGAGUUUGUGGAGCGCAGCGUGGAGCGAGCCAGGAGACGGGUGGUGGGCGAUCCGUUCGACAUGAAGACGGAACAGGGUCCUCAGGUGGACCAGGAGCAGUUCAACAAGAUCCUGGGCUACAUCAGCAGCGGCAAGAGGGAGGGCGCCAAGCUGAUGUGUGGAGGGGGCGUGGCCGCCGACAGAGGCUACUUUAUCCAGCCCACCGUGUUCGGAGACGUCCAGGACAACAUGACCAUCGCCAGGGAGGAGAUCUUCGGGCCAGUGAUGCAGAUCUUGAAGUUCGACUCUCUGGAGGAGGUGGUGACUCGAGCCAAUGACACCAAGUACGGACUGGCAGCCGCCGUCUUCACCAAAGACAUCGACAAGGCCCACUACGUGUCCCAGGGCCUCCGGGCCGGAACCGUCUGGAUAAACUGCUAUGACGUGUUCGGAGCUCAGGCGCCGUUUGGAGGCUACAAGGCUUCGGGGAACGGCCGGGAGCUGGGCGAGUACGGCCUGGACAACUACACCGAAGUGAAGACGGUGACCACCAAGGUUCCUCAGAAGAAUUCCUAGAGGAGCUGCCAGACAUUUCCCCGUCUGCUCUUCACGGUCCUGUUUGCUCGCUCUCCCCUGACCUGCUUGAGCUGGAAAUCCUCAGCUGAAAUGAAACCCAGGAACCAGUCAAGUUUCUGAUUAAACGCUUUUGACAGAAA